AUGGUGGAACGGGGAGGGCCGGGCGUGGUGAGCGGAGAAUUCAGUUGGAAAAUGGUAAGGAGGCAGGGAGAGCGGGCCGUGGUGAAACCGCCCAGAGCGGCGCAGCGGGUUGAUAGAGGUGGUGUGGCGCGUGGAGAGUGGAUGGACGGUGCUUGGCUGGCAGAGCGGAGCAGUUGAAUCCUGAGGAGAACGCUACGCUCGCAGCAACUA